AUGUCAGAAUUAACAGCAAACUACUUGCUGAGUCGACCAAUCGGCUCACUAGACGACACAAAAGCGUUCCAGCUUUGUGAAAACUCCACAACCAGCAGUAAAAUUGAGAGUGGGAUGGUUGUUCAAUUUAAUUCGGCUUUGUAUGGUGUGUUUUGUUUCACGACAAACGGUUCAUCAAUCCCCACAGCCCUCUGUUUUGACAUCGGUCUUUUGGAGGAAAUAGAUACACACAAAGAAUGUCGUGAUAGAUUUCAUUUCAUUUCUGUUGACAAACUGGCUGUAGUGUCGGAUCCGCAACAAGCAACAUUGUCUGAGGAGAAAUUCUCAAGAAUUGAACCUUUUGUCUUUAAUACAUUUAAAAUACAACACGAGACUGUAAGAGCGGAAACCACUCACAUUCCUGACCCUUCAAGAAUGACAACUCGUAGUAUGUCAAAGCAAGCACAAGAUGUCGAAAAAGAACAACAAACUACACACAAACAACAAACACAAGAAUCAAAUCCAACAGAGAACGAAAAAAAGCAGAAAAGCAAAAAGUCUACAAAGAAACAGCCAAAAAAAACAUCAUCAAGCAAAACGAAGAAAAAUGAGAUAAAUGAUGACGAAGUCGAGCCACAGAAGAAGAAAACAAGGCCAAUACAAGAAACAAAGGCAGAAUUGAAAAAACGUAUUCAGCAGUCGGAAGAAUAUAUUCAGGAGCUGAAAGAAGAAUUGCGUAAAGAAAAGCAGAAAAGAGAAAAACAACAAGACGAAAUUGAAAUACUUGCACACACUAUCAAACACCUCACCUCCGAGUCGAAAGAGCCAACGAACGAAAAACAACCAACAUCCAAUAGCACAAAUAACGUAUUGUCAUCACAACCCACUCUAUCAACACAACAACCUCCGAUCGUUGUAAUGAUGCAACCACCGCAACCACAACAAUCACCACCUGGAUUUUUGCCAGUUAUGCCUCUACCACAAUUCCAAGAAAACGCUUACACUGACUUGUGGUACAAACUAGGUCUUGUACCAAGGUGGCCCUUUCAGCAUUAG